AUAAGCAUGAAUUAAUGAACUAUCUAAAUUGAUGUGUUUUUGCUGUUGAAAGAUGACCUUUGCCUUGAAGGCUUUUUGCUCUAUUGGGAUUAUUUAACAUCCGUAUUAUGACCCGAAUAGACCUAAUUUUAUCAAUCUUUGCCCUGCUCUUCUAUCAAUAAACUUUCCUAUCCACAUUCGAUUUCUCUCGACACACAUGAAUAAUCCAGCUUUCAAACCUGAUUACACAAAUAAUUGCAUAGAAAGUUGAUGAAAGAUGCUGAGAAAGAAAAAAGAAGAAAAACAAGAAAAACAAGAAAAUUUUAUCCUGAGAAAGUUUCGUUCGUUCGCUCGCAUGUGAUUUUUUUUUGUUUGAUUUGCUCAUAGCCCGAUGUAAAACGGAACAAUCAUACAACCAUUAACAAAAAUCAACAUUUGCAUAUCAACCCCAGUGUUGGUAAUUACCGCGCAGAAUCUUUGCCUGACGUUAAUCGCAUUGGUGCUUCUCCAGAGAGAAACACAAUUGACUUAAAAGGCUGUUUAAAUGAUCUCGGUGACAUGAGGAAUGGUCGUUAUCCUGCUCGACGCCAUCCAUCACCUAAUGCAUCUCCACGAAGUCCACAUCACCAUCAUAUCAGUGGGGGUCAUCAUAGAUCGUCAUAUAAUGAACAGCGUCGAGGUGGUUCCUCUCCUUAUUCACCUGUUUAUCUCAGUCCUCCAAUGGAUACAAAUUGGCGGCGAACUAACUCAGAUUCAGCUCUCCAUCAGACGGGACUGAUGGCUGAACAAAUGGGUGCUUGUAGUCCUUUACAUCAACCUGGUUCUCCUCUAUCCCCGUCAGGACCUAACAGUGGUGCUAGCUCACCUCGCCGUAGUACAGUUCAUACAGUUGAUACAACAACUAAGACUUUUACCGCCAACAGUACACUUUUACCGCCAAAUAGCACGAUUAACAAUUCUGCCAAUCCCAAUGAUAUUCUAGAUCCGUAUCCAAUGGUGUUUGCCUCUCAAAAUUGGGAUCCUGGAAAAACAAAGAUGUUAACCAAUCAGCUCAAUCAUGAUAGCCUUUUAUCGGCCUCAUUGUGCAAUGAAUCUCGGCCUAAAUCAUGUGAAGUACCUGGUAUAACGAUACAACCCACACCAGAGGAUUCAUCGUCAUCAUCAUCAUGUUCUAGUAACAAUAACAAUAUCAUCAAUGAAAACAGUGUCCAGCACCCAUCAUCUUCACUUUCAAAUACUGGAUCGUUACCUGAUUUGACAACGCUACACUUUCCAGCACCACUUCCAACUCCUAUUGAUCUUGACGAGCAAACUUUAAAUCCGGUUACCAGUUUAAUGAGGAAUACUAUUAUAACCGAAUCAGUUUAUCCAAAUAACAAUAAUAGUAUCGAGAGCAACCCUAGUCCAGGAUCUCCAUUUACCUGUAUCACCUCAAAUUCAUUCAGCACCAAUACAACCAACUCUAAUAACAGUAGUAAACAAAAUCAAAGCUACUCACCUUCACCUUCCUCACCUUAUGGGCAACAGCAAAACAUUUUUACCCAAGACAACUUGUCUUCUUCGCACAUUAUUGCUAAUAACAAUUCUGAGAAUUCAAUUGUAUUGAAUAGUAAUCCUAAUCAUGCUACCAAUACAACUACCAUUAUCAAUAAUAACAAUAGUAAACAAAAUCAAAGCUACUCAUCUUCACCUUCCUCACCUUAUGGGCAACAGCAAAACAUUUUUACUCAAGACACCUUGUCUUCUUCGCACAUAAUUACUAAUAACAAUUCGGAUAAUUCAAUUGUAUUAAAUAGUAAUCCCAAUCAAACUAACAAUAACAACUCCGAGACUGCAAACAUAAUCAACUCUCAAAAUCCGACUUUCCAUCAUUAUUCAACCAAUGAAGUAACCGUUAGUCAUCAAAAUCCUUUCAAUAUAAAUUUACUGCCAGCUUCUUUACCUAACGAUUCUCGACCUAAAUCAACUGGUGGAGUGCCUGGUAUAACAAUUGAAACUUUGGAAGAUUCCUCCAACAAUAUUCAUCAUCAUUCAUCACAUCUUCACAAUCCUCAUCUUAACCACUCCCAUCAGCAUCAUCAACAUCAUAAUCAUAAUCAUUCUCAUUCUCAUUCUAAUCACCAUCAGCAGCAUCCUUCGUUUGCCAAUACCGGAUCGUUGCCUGAUUUAACUAAUUUACAGUAUACAACUUCACUCUCACCAAAUACUGAUCUUGAUCAGCCUUCCUUAUCACCGGUUACCAAUACAAUGGCCAAUACCAUUUUGACCGAUGCCUAUCCUAAUGCCAGUCCUAGUCCAGGAUCACCAUACAACUGUGUCUCCUCAACCUCAUUUGUCAACCAAACAUCAACCAAUUACUCUACAUUACCAGCAUCUUCAGCCUCGUUUGUCCAGCAACAAUCAUCCAUUUUCACCCAAAACACCUUUGAUGAUCUGAUUGAUCAAAAUGAUUUUGAUUUCAUCAAUUAUUUUGAAAAUUAAAACUACAACUUGUUAUUAAAAACUGAUUUUGAUCAAUGCAUGAUUAAAAGAAGUUAUUUCCACAUUGGUGCAUUUUCUUGGAAGAUGAAAGUGAACUCAUGGAGAAAGAUGCAGUAAAUAGGAAAUUUCAUUGCGAAUUUAAAAGGUUCUCAAGUGCAGGCUGCCGCAUUUACAGUGCAACAUUGUAUGAUAUUUGUAAGAUUAACAUUAGAUUCAGGAUUACGAAAGUGGAAUGAUAAUUUUAUCUUUUUUUGCGCCAUUUAACUCUCAACAAAGAUGUACUAAUGGUUUUAUGGCAUAUUGCAACUCAUGAACAUAAGUGGAACAUAGAUAUAGUUUAAUAUCUGAAACUAGAGAUGUUCCGAAUUGAUUUAUUGAUGGAUUCUGUUCAUCUAUGACUUAACGAAAUAGAUCGCGAUUGGUCUAUUGAAAGAUACACGGAAAAAAGUCUGCACUGUGACGGCAACUCCAAUAGCAGUUAUUACUCAUGAAUAGUUAUGAACAUAAUGAUUGAUCGGAAUUAAUGUGUUAUAACUGUUUAUGGAAAAUUUUUGUUUAACAUUGGUUCGAAUUAUUUUUGCUAUUCAAUCAAUUGUUCUGAGAAAAUUCCUCGUGACUUUCUUCGAGAUUCAGUUGUGACAAGUUGUACUCAAUCAAGAAAUGAAAUUUAAAACAUUUUACACAAACUCAUUGAUCUCUUUACUGCAUUAUUGUUAACUUUUAAUAAGCAGAUUUUUGGCUACAAACUAAUUUGAUCAAUUUUGGUGUUUCCAUCAAACAGCUAAAUUGAGCUAUAAUUUGAUUAAAAUUGUAUAUUAAUUGAAAAUUGAUGUAAGUUUUAAUUUUUCUCACUUUGAAUUUCAUUGUUGUUGAUUUGUAUGAACAAUUCCUCUUUACAAGGCAUUAAACGCAGAAAAAAAAUUAAACCAAAUCACGUUCCUGAUACAAAAAACACUUUGGUUGGAGUUUAAUGUAAUUUUAAAAGAGCAAAAUUUUCAGUUAAUUAUCAUUGUUAUUGUCUUAAUUCACCUGUAUCUAUGGUUUUGUUUACCUCUAUAUUACACUGUCUUCAUCAACCCAAGAAGGAUCAAAGCUGAUUAUGUACAUUUGGUGCCUUCAAAAUUUUCAAUAUUUUGUUUGUAAAAAAUUAAAAUCUAAUUGAAAUCAA